UUAUCCUCGUCUCAUGCACUCUUUUAUCCGCCAGUCUGCGGCCCCAUAUUCUCACAGCGCCUCCGACCUCUGAGCAGCGUCCCGGCCACCAUGCGUGCUACUUUAUGCGCCUGUGUCUUCCUGCUGUGCCUCAUCCUGCUCGCCGAGGCCAAGUGGAAGCUGGGUCAGGAAAAGCGGGAUAGACCUCGCCAACCUCAGCCGUCGUCCUCACCGGCUCGGAGGACCAGGUACCGCUCGGUGCUGAGCUCCGGGGAGCUGACCACCAAGCAGGGCCAUCGCUGCAUAUGGCAAACAUCUGGAGAAGGUCUGGUGAGCCUGCUGGUGAACUGCUCCACUGAAGCUGAAGGAGAGCUAGAAAGAUACUGGUGUCGUUAUGCUGGUAAACCGGACCUAUGCACAGCCUACGGGGUGAAGUCCAGCCAGUACUGGAAGCAGCUGGUGGGAAAACUGAAGAAGCGGGAAAACGCCUGCGAGGGAGAAAAAGUCUUAAAGGCCAAAACCUGCAAAAAGGCCCCAGCAGAGGCCCACAUGAAGCUGGCUCAUCGCAGCGGGGACGAGGAGAAGAAUGGACGGAAGGAGGGAGGAAAGAAGAAAGGAGAAGCUGGAGCCAGGAGCUCAGAUGGAGGGAAGGUGGAGAAGAGAAGGAAGAAGGUGAAGGAGGAAGAGGAGGAGAAGAAGAAGCGAGAGGAGAGGACUGAUGAUGAUGAAGGAAUGGUAAACGACAUGGAGCCGGUGCAAACGUACUGCAGCGAGGGAUGGCACUCGGUUUGCUCCUUCUUUGUCAAGUUUUUUGAGGGCUGAUAAAAAGUAGAGAAAGAUAUUUUGGGAUCGAUAAUAGUGUAAAUAAAAACCUGAUGGAUUAAAAAGUUGUUUAAAAUGUCUCAUAGCGCUUCCGAAGGUUAGAAGAAGACUGAUUUUUUAUUCAUAUUUACUCAAACAUGUUUGGUAAUUAUGGCGAAAUGUAUUAGACUUUGUUUUCAUGUUUUAACCUUCUUUGCAUUCUUCUCCUAAAAUACUUU